GAUGGAUCACGUGAUGGUUCAAUUGAAGAAGAACUUUCAAGGUUGUCAGACUAUCGAUGAAGCGACAAUCAAUAAUCCUACUUAGAUUUUGCCGUCAAUCAGAUUAUUAAGAGAGACUAAGAAAAGAGGGGAACAUUCAAUCUCUGGAUAUUCUCGACCAUAUAUCAUUCAAGUAUUGAUUGUACUUUGCUUAUUCAAGAAUCUUGAAUCUUCAUCUUUCUCAGCUAAUCCACCCACCCACCACCCAUCCAUCCAUCCAUCCAUCCAUCCAUCCAUAACUUCAUAUUUUGUAUAAAAACCCUCCGGACUUUAUCCGAUAACUUCAGAAACAGAGAUAGCUAGGUAAUGAAAGAAAUCAUCUCGUAUUCAAUGUCCUUAUAAUCACCUCGGAUAAAAUAGCCUUUCAUCAAAUGAGAGAAGACAAUCUUAUGAGAACACGCAAUUCAUGAGUCGACACAACCUUUGCAAUUGCCCGAUUUAUCAUUCUUUCCAUCCUCUCGGUUCGACAAUAUGGACUCCAUAACAGACUGGAAGCAAGACUUAAAAGCUUCUGAACGAUAUGAUAAUAUCUUAAAGCUGUAAAGUGGUACUAUUCCAACUCAAAACAUGAACUGCCAUGGCUAAUUAUCCUAAAAAUAGGAAGAAACAUCUCGCGCUUGGCGGCCUGGGUGGAAACACACAGAAGACAGCAUUCGAAAUAGAAUCAGAAGCUUAUAAUUCUUCGUCAUCUAGAGUGAGUUAAUGGUUUCAAAUAUUGGUGUCAUCUAUCACGUGAGCAUCAUAUCUUCCCCUUUUGUCGUGAUACUUUUCUGCUUCCAUAUCAUCCAUAACAUUCGUUCUUGAAUCGUAGACAGAAGAGAACUUUACUCCCCGUUGGCUUACUAUAUAUAUCACUUUCGAAAUCUUACUGACACAACAAAAUAGGCUGUCUACGAUGAUUUAUGCAAUCCUACUGAGCCAUGGCCAAAUGCUGAAGCCUCUUCAUCAGAAACCUUUCCUGCACCCAAAAGCCCCGGCAUAAUCAUAGGGCCCUAUAACAAUUGUCACCAUAUCUCUAGUGGUGCCGUUUCCCAAGUUUAUAGGUGUGAUACUGAGGGGGGUUCUUAUGCACUAAAAGUGAUUACAGAAACACACAACAUGGAACCACACUCCCCGACUCGUGAAAUUGCUAUCCUGAAAAGGCUCUCACACCCUUCCAUAAUUUCACUGCAUGCGACAAUUUAUGAUCAGGAAUCGAGAUUGGUCUUGCUGUUGCCAUAUAUGCCGUAUACUUUAUCAGACCUACUAUCAAGAAGUAGCAAAGGCCUCAAUGUAGGCACAACUAAAAAGAUCUUCAAAGAAUUAUUAUCCGGACUUGCAUAUUUCCACUUGGAGCAAAUAAUUCACCGUGAUAUAUCACCCUCCAAUAUUCUCUUACCUCAUGAUAUCAAUGGCAAGGAUCCUAUCGUUAUAACUGAUUUUGGCACCGCAUGGCAUCCAAGCAUCUCUUCAUCUACCGAGCCCGCUGACCAAAAAUGUCUUGAGGUUGGUACUACGUGCUAUCGCGGUCCAGAGACUCUGUUCUCUAAUACAUCUUACAAUACUUCUCUUGAUCUCUGGUCCACUGGUGUACUACUCGCCGAAUGCCUUCGCUCGCCUCCCGUCCCACUCCUGGAAAGUCGACGCGGCGAUGAAGAUGGGAAUCAAUUGGGACUGAUUUUAAGUAUGUUCAAGACUCUUGGAACGCCCACCGAGCAGACAUGGCCGGAGGCAAUGAAGUGGAAAACCAAUCCCUUUCAAUGGUGGAACAUUUUCCCGAGCAAAUCAUGGGAAAAGUUACUUCCAGAUGCUGAGGAGGAUGGAAGGGAUUUAGUCGCCAGUUUGGUUAUUUAUGAAAGUGGUAGGAGGUUGACUGCGGAUCAGGUAAGUUACCUAUGGAGAUCGAAGUUAAAGGCUGCUCGCUUAUUCCUUUCCUUUAGGCAUUAAAUCAUUCGUUCUUCGUUGAGAAAUUGGAAUCAAGGGAUUAGCUUCCAUUCAACUCAUUCAGAGAUAACUUCCAAACCAGGUCAAGUGAUGAUGAUUUCUUGCUUCUUGCUACUAUUCAGUAUCAUUUACAAUUUAACGUUCCAUAUUUCACGUAGAUCAGAUCUGUGGUUCUAAUGGCACACCUCAUAGUUCCAGACUAAUACCUCCACAAGUGAUUUUCUAUUGCCAAGCUGACUACUUAAAACAAUUGGUUGAACCCGGACUCUCACAAAGCCAAAUAUCAUCGCUCACUCUGAAAGCGAAACAGAAAUACCAAUUCACACGCUCAAAACGAAAUUAUCCAACCAACCUCCCCUAAUUUGAAAGGUUGAAACAACAAUCCAUAGCAAAGUAAUCCUCAGAAACGAAAUCCCACCUCAUCCUCUCCUCCAAUUCCAUCUCCAAUCCCACGUUUCCACCACCAUAAGCCCACAACCGUAAUCGGCUUGCGCAUAACAGUUUGAUCAAGACAAUCGGUUUGAUGGCAACAAGUUAUGUUGGCCGGGUACUCCAUAUCGAUACUACAAUCGACACCAUGUGGAUAUGGUGACGCGUUGUCCUUGCAAAGGGUCCCAAAAGUUUGGUCGUCAAACUCGCAGCAUUUCCAAUAGCAUUAUGUCGUUGUUAGUUUUUUUGGGUUUCUUCGAGCUGAUAUAUGCCGAUGGGGAUUUCGUCUAUAUGAUCAGAUUUAGGAGGGGAAAUAUAGGAAAUACUAACGGUUCCCUGAUCACCACCACCACCAUCAUUCGGUGGAAUCUGAGGAUUUGGAACUGGGAAGACAAGUACCUGCGAGGAAGGCUGCCGCGAU